AUGGAUUACAAUGAAGAAUUCCUGCCAACAACAGUUCUACACUGGAAUUAUAGAGGUUUUACCGAAUUCCCAUUAAAUGAAUUAAAGGGUGAAGAAGGAGAGGUGACUGAUAUUUAUUUGAAGGAGAAUCUCUUGACUCGUUUGCCAACUAACAUAGGAGUUUUGGAGCAUUUAGAGAGCCUCUACGUCAGCGGUAAUGAUAUAACGGAGUUACCGAGAGAGAUAUCUAAGUUGCGAUGUCUCAAGUGUCUAGAUGUUAGCGGGAACAGAUUGAGGCGUAUUCCUGAAGAGAUAGCUGAAGCGAGGAGUUUAAAGUUCCUAAUAUUAGAUGAGAAUGAAUUAACAGAGCUGCCGUUGAGGAUUUCGGAGCUAAGACGUCUACGGUACCUAUCGGUUUGUGAUAACAAAUUGCGAUGGCUCCCUCAACGACCUGUCUUCAACUAUCAUCACUGUGAAUUCAGAUUCUGGAGGAACUCCAACUUGAAGACUCUGCCCUACUCGUUAUGGUAUCAUAUGUUUAGAGAUCAACAAACUAGAUGUCUCAAUAUUGGAUGUUUAGAAGCUGCAAGUCACCAAAAUGCAAAUAGACGGAGAAAUCAAUGCAGAUUAAAACUCUUGGACCAAGAUUCCAAUGAAAUUGAAGUGAAAAUAGAACCUCCCCUACAAUACAAUGUUGUACUAGAAUCUAAAUUCCAUUCCCCACCGAGUUUAUACGAACUAAGCAGAAGACAAUUUUAUCAAAUGAUUAAUACUGCAGUAAGAAAACUAAACCCACAGACGUAUAGUUUUUAUUCAGAACAUGUAAGAGAAAACCUUUAUAAUGAACACAAUAAUAACAUAAUAGAUCUACAAGAGAAUUUCCAUGGAUUUAACUUAGAUGCAAACAAAAAUAGUUCCUAUGAUGAGAAUGGUAAUGAUUACAAACCAAUGGCAAAAGAAGAGGUACACAAGAAAAACACAAAGGCAUAUUACGUACCAACUGAUGUAAUUAAAGAGUAUUUCAAUUUCUUACCCAAUACUUUAAUAUCGGAUCUCAGUAAUGGACCAAUUUCAACAUGCGAAAAUCUAAACUGCAAGAAGCCCAUAUUUGAUCAUGUGUUUUACGAAUUUUGUUUAGGGGAUAUCAUCCUUAUUGAUAAAAUCGAGGACGUUCUACUGAGUGCUGCGUUCUGUUCAAAAUAUUGUGCUGACUUUUGGAAAAGAAGCAAAAAUGCUAUUCCGUGGUCAUUGUCGUAA